AUGGACGGCCCGAAAAUUGCUGAAUAUGUCCAGAGAUUUCACGACCUAUCUCGCGUGGUGCCAUAUAUGGUUGAUCCAGAAUUCAAACGCAUCGAGCGGUUUAUUUGGGGGUUAGCACCUCAGAUUAUGAGUUUGGUGACAACGUCGAAGCCUGCCACAAUUACUGAGGCUAUCGAUCUGAGCGUAUCACUAACUGAAGAGGCGAUCAGGUUAAACAAGUUUUCGAUCUCUGACCAGAAGAAGAAGGAGACUCACGUUGAGUCACUCGGUGAGAACAAACGGAAGUUCUCCAACUUUAAGAAAGGUACCAGCAGUACAAACAAGAAGGAUGAGACAAACGCACCGGCCAAGGCCAAAGGAAAGGGGUAUAUGGGCACCUUGCCCAAAUGUGAUGCGUGUCAAUUGCAUCACAAUGGACGAUGCAGAGCUGGAAAAUGUGAAUCUUGUGGAAGAGUUGGUCACUCAAAAGAAACAUGCUGGGUCGGUACUGGCCGUGGUGGUCAAAGGGGUUUUGGUAAUGGAAACAACAAUCGUGGUGGAAAUGGGUAUGGAAACCGCCCGUAA